GGCCUUAGAUAGUUUUAUGUUCAUACAACACAGGUAUUUUUCAAACCACCAAAAUAUACUGCUUCUCAGUAUUUCUAUGAUUGGGUGUAGGUUUAGACAGGUGUGGUUUAGACCUAAGAACUUAUGUGUUAACAGCUCAUUAUGUUAUACAAACCCGCAUGGAUAACCUCCAAUAGCCAGACUCUCUCCAACUUACACCAGGAUGAUUGACUAACAGGUAACUACAUCCUGUUGUGUUUCACAAACUAAAUCCUGAUGAUGUCGUAGCAAUAUAUGACCUCAACCUCCUCUGGCUCUCCUGUUUUGUCUCCAAACUCCUCUACCAGCCUCCUCUUCAUCCUUUUCUUUUCUCAUGCUGUUGACUCCAUCCAAAUCGUUGCCCUUCCGUUGACAGAAAUGUGACGUCAUGUGGAGUUCCACUCAUGAUUUUCUUGUCAUAUCAUGGCAAUUAGAUUUUAAAAAAAACAACCCUCUAGUGUUAAUGCAUUUUAGAUCAAAAUAAUUUUGCAGAUAAAGGCAGAUAUUCCUAUGAUAUUAAUAACAGAAAGUUACAUCAUUUGAUGUAGUUUAUAUAACUGGAGUAAUUCCACAAAUUUAUAAUAUCGCAAUAUUAGAAAGAAAGAAAGAAAAAAAGAAAGAAAGAAAGAAAGAAAGAAAGAAAGAAAGAAAGAAAGAAAGAAAGAAAGAAAGAAAGAAAGAAAGAAAGAAAGAAAGAAAGAAAGAAAGAAAGAAAGAAAGAAAGAAAGAAAGAAAGAAAGAAAGAAAGAAAGAAGGAAAGGGGCGUGGAACUCCAACAUUAAAACAUCCACACAAACACAGGUCCGGUCAGACACUCUGCUUCUCUCCGCUCCGCACUGCGCGUCAUUCGGUGCCUCCGCAGCGGAAGCCUGGAGGAUGAAACCGACUCCGUGACAAAGGAGCGCUUCCUCUCAGUUCUUUUCCCUGUCAGCAGCAGGGCGUCUGCUGCAGCUGCUGCCUCCUUUAGCAGCGGAGACAUGAGGAGCCCACUUGCCGGCGGUGUUGCCGCGGUGACAUUGUGGCUGUUAGCAGAGUGUGUUGAAGCCAAGAAGUUUUGCUGGUAUUUUGAGGAACGAUAUCCUGCAUACUUUGUAUGUCGCUCCUAUGAGGACUGCUGUGGAACUCGCUGCUGUGUCAGAGCCUUGUCCAUUCAGAGAUUAUGGUAUUUCUGGGUCCUGCUCAUGAUGGGGGUGUUAUUCUGCUGUGGUGCUGGCUUCUUCAUCCGCAGAAGGAUGUAUCCUUCUCCUCUGAGAGAUGAACCAACCUUCAAUGUGUCCUUCACCAGGCAACCUGUCACCUCACCAGUUUUCCAGCAGCCAGGCAGCAUACAAGGCUUUGGGGUGAACGGGAUGGCUGGAGGUGACCCUGGGAUGACAUUGACCCAGGUUGCGUAUCGCUCACAGCCGGGCUCCACCCAGAUGAUGAUGUGGUCCUACCCGCCACCUCCAUCCUACUGCAACCACCCACCGCCACCUUAUGAAAAAAUCGUCCAAAAUGACAAGAGCUAACCAGGUGGAACAUGAGAAGGGAAGCAGGGUGAUGGAGACAAAGUGCAAGGACCGGUCUGCUGUUUGCAGGUUCAUGUUAACUGACUGUGUGUGAAGAGUUAAUAACACAGAUCUGUAGUUGAAAAUAAGCACAAUAGAACUACGCACUCUGGUUCUGUUCAAGUUUAUAUUAACACACACCCUGACUGGAACUUAUCUCACUGCAUCUGGGCAGAGAAAGUCAUGGACAGUUACUAUUGAUUAAAAUGUUGCAGAAACUGACCCCUUUCCACCAAAAAACAUUAAAAAAAAAAUGGAAAGAUGAUACAGGUUCCCAGCAUUUUAUGAGCUUCUUUAUCAGUAAGUUAUCGAUGUAUUUUCUUUGUUUUCAGCAGUUAUAUGAUGACUUGAUGUGGUAGUUGGUGACCAACAUUGUCAUCUAAAGACAUUCUAGUGGUAAUAACAGUGCCGUUCAAGGUGUGGUUGAACUCAUUUUCACUCGAGUAUCAUUUGGAUGGAGUGGUUCUGUCUUCCUGUCAUAUUAUCCAUUUGAUUCUCUGUUCAGGGAAAUAAUACAAGAAACUUGUUGAUUUGAGCAGCAAUUAAUAGAAACUGUAAUCCAGUUCCUUGAUCUAGUGCAGCUUGAUGCUUUCUUUCCUAGUUUUCUUAAACAAAAAACUAAAGCUUAGGAUGGAGUUCUCUUAUCAAGCCCCUGAGGAGGGUGGGAGUUUAUAGGGUGGAGCGGCCAUUUAAAGAGAGAAGGUGUGAAUUAUAAAUUAGGCCAGUUUGUGAGUUCAAUAAAACCUUUUGUCCCUUCCUACUUUCACUUGACUUUUUGGUCUUCAGCACCCUCAACAGAAAAACAGCUUGGCCCCUGGCACUUUCCUUUGGUGCUGAGAAGUGAACAAAAAUAUUUUUAAAAAAGGAAAGGGAAAACUUUACAGUUUACCUCAUGACAAUGUUUUAAAAAGACAGCAAUAUAGGUAUCAAGAGGAAUGUAAGAAAUAGAGCUGCCAUUAAUAUUUACCAUCUGUGCAACAUGACCAAAUGGACAUAAGUUUAACAUAUCCAUCCAUCCAUCUGAUGGAAACAGAGACACUGUUUUCAAGUUUAUAGGAUGAUCUCGAGAGCAUCCAGGCUAGGAGAGCGUCGGCCUUAAACACUGGGGGACAGAACAGGUUGGGUCAAACUCACAGCUGAAGGGUUUCUCUAUUGUAUGUCUUCUCCUACAUAUUAUGUUGCUUUUAAGUUAUUUAAGUGCCCAAAGGUCUGUAUUAUCAUUAUUAUUAGCAGGAGAACACUAGGCAGUAUCACACAGGCACAAGCUCAGCUGAGCCUCCUACGCUCAGCUGAGUGUAGGAGGCCCAACCCUAACCGUAAGAGGUAGGUAGGGACCUUCCAGGAAGUUAUUAGAGCUGAAAGAAAUGUAAAAAGGAUAAAUACUUGCAUUUUCUGUUUCUAAUAUAUUUAAACAACUUUGAAAACUGAAUGAGAUACAGUAGAGCUGGUAUUUACAAGGAAAGCUAACCUUAUUUGGAAGCAGACAUUUAGAUAAACUAUAUUCCUUAAUAAUUAAGCCUGAAUGAAUAAUUGUUGCAACGUGUGAAUCAGUUUGUUUUUUAUUUAAAGUUCUUUCUCGACCUCUGGAGAAAGAACAUGAUGAACUGUGUGUAAAGACAAAACUUGCUUUUCCCUUGACCUUGAACAUGUUUUUACAGCUGCUUUCCUAUCUACCAGAAUACUCCUUACUUGUGAAACUGCCUGUGUGCAGAAUUUAAUUUCUGUUUCCUCCUUCCUGCUUUCAAGAUAAGAUUUUCUUUGGUCCAAUACUAGCACAAUAGUUACUGCUCAUGAAUUUUACAUCCAACAGUCUACAUACAGUAUGGAAGUAGGUUGCUUAAUUUUUUUCCUAUUAGUUUUAGAUUACUGAAAUAUCUCUUCCGCAUAGGCGACAUGCAAAAUACACAUAAAGCAAUCCAGACUAAUCAAAAAAUACCAUGUAAUUGCAUUUUUUUUUAUUUCUAUGAACAAAAAAUUAAAUUAAUAAAUUGUUCUGUUGGUCCAAUUUACACGCCACUUCAUACUUUACCCGCAAUUGGCCAGUGGAGGGUGCAAAUAAUCCACAUGUUGAAUUUCUCACAACCAUAACAACGUUUGGUGUUCAUUGCAUUUAUCUUGAUAUGAAUUUAAACUUUAGAGAGUAAGACAAAUCUAUUCCAGACUUGGAGAUGUUUAUCAAUCAAUCAGCAAUUAGAACUGGCCAUAUUUUUCCUAACCAACUUUGUUUAUAAUUGGACAUCUAUUCAUUAAAAAUAAGAUAUUCUCACUUUGUCAUUCCAUAUCUCCAUCAGCAAGGACUUUGAUACACUUUUUGCUAAAUAACAAUAAUAAAGUUAUGGGCAUAAAGA